UUACCGAGGAGACAAGCAGACGCUGGGCCAGCGGCGACUGGCAGGAUGUUUCUACAGCCUACAAGGAUCAGCCAAGGAUCAGCCAAGGAUCAGCCUGAAAAUUUAAGGUCUUCUCAGGACUUUCAAAUGCCUUGGAAACAGGAGGCAGAAUUUAUAAAGAGGGAUAAAGCUGCCAGAGUCAUUCAGAAGGCCUGGAAAAGUUUCCUUAAUGUUGCUGUAUUCCAACACUUUAAAAGUCUGAUUAAUAUAAGAAGACAAGGGGAGCCACGUCACAUAAUGAGAUACAUUAAUCCUAAAGAGGCAGAGCUUCUAGAUGCUGCUGCUGGCAUUCAUGUACGAUUCAGGCUAGGUGGUGUUAAAUUUCCACCUGAAAUAUAUUAUAAAAUUUUCACUCACAGACAUAUUGAAGAUCUAUGUGCUAAUAGCCCCAGAGAUUACACAAAACUUCCAGUAAAACAUACAUCUCAUAUUAAAAGCAAUAAUCCUCAGGAAGAGGAUCAAAGUGGCUGGUAUCGUCGUACAGAGAACAAUGGCUGGAGGCCUGUUUCUGAUAGAUUUUGGAUGUCUACUGAACAUGUAAUGAUGGGAGAUGAAAAAGAAAGUGAAUUCCAUUUCUCUAAAUUGAAGAGAAGGCAAGAUAUGGAAAAGAAAAGAAAAAUUAGAAAAAUAGAGUGGAUGAGGCAAAUGUACCACGCAGGAAGCCUGGAGGCUAAGUCAACAAAUCGUGAAACUCUAGGUUUAAUUCACACAGCAACGAAAGGGCUGAUAAGAGCUAUCGAAGAUGGUGGAAUAGAUUCCGUGAUGGAAUGGGAAGUGGAUGAAGUGCUGAACUGGACAAAUACGCUGAACUUUGAUGAGUAUAUUGCCAACUGGAAGGAAAUUGCUACAAGCAACUCUUCAGAUAACUUCAAAAGUUUCAGGUUUGAUCAAGCACAGAAAGACAUAGAUGACUAUGAAGAUUUAUCAGAGGAUGAAAUGGAAACAUCAGCAGAUACUUCACAUAGAAAUAGUUUUGAUGAGCCAAAUUUUACCAGACUAACACCUGAUUCCACUUAUGGAACAUAGAAUAUUUUCUUUUCUCCUCUGAGCUAUAGCCCUUCAAGCCCUGAUUCCAUCAGUUACAGUCAAGGGAUAGAUUAUUCUGACUGAAUGACUUGUAUAUUCUUGGCACAGAAUCUACCCCAAUUAAGUAAGGAAGAUUAUACAGAAAUAGAACAUCGGACUGAAUACAAUGGUCAUGGAAAAUGUAGAAAUUACUCCUGGUAUUCUGAGAAACUGAUGUUCUAACAAUUACACUUAAAUAAAGGUAUUAUACUUAGGUGCAAAAAAAUCGUCAGAUGGAAUUUUUUUCCCUUUAUUUGAAGCAUUCUAUAUUUGUGCAUUUGUAUCAGGCAGAGCUCUUUCUUCAUUAAAAAAGCAUGUAGCAAGUUCUUUUAUUAGGAAAGCAAAAGGCUUACUAGAAGCCUCAGCCCCAGUCACCUUAGGCGUCCUUGAACAAAACUGGGUCACAGGGGUCCCUUUAGCUAAAGCAGCUAGAACAGCAAAUACUGUCUUUCAGCUUCCAUAGUGGGAUGAACAGAGGACUGGCAAUAACUGUUGGGUGAAGGAACAGAGUCGACCACACCCUUCAAGUCUGAAUUACUAUAUAUGCCCAUAAGCAUCCUCUACUACUAUUCAUCAUUACUCUUAUCACACUGUAUCUGUAAAAAUUUGUCUAUAAUCCUAAUAGAUCAGAGGCUUAUAUCCCAAGUAUAAAAAAAUCAGCAAUGUGGGCCAGCCCCAGUGGCCUAGUGGUUAAUUUCGGUGUG